UGUAUAUUACCUGGCACAGAAACGUCCAGUAAAUUUCUGAUGGUUUUUCUGAAAUAAGAAUUUGCGCUUAAAUGAGUGCUAAAAGGCAACACAAGUGUGUUUUGUGCGACUCAAAAUUAGAAUCUAAGGAGGCCUUACAGGCACAUUUUAGAAAGCAUGCCAACAAAGAAAUAGAUACUCGAGGCAGACCUGUGAAAAAUAACAAAAAUGCUGACACCCAAUGUGAUAUGUGUGGACAAGCAUUCGAUUCAAUCACAGCAACAAUAAGACAUAGAUUUAAAGUCCAUCCUAAUUCACCAGCAAAAUUUUAUUGUCAUUAUUGUGGAAUGCAGUUUCCUCUAAAAACACACAGGGAUAGUCAUCAAGCAUCGCAUGAUUCAUCUGAAAGUGAAAGGAAAGAGCAACAUAAAAAAUGCGAAGAGUGUGAUGUGUUAUUUUAUAAUGAUAAAGCUUUAGAUUAUCAUUACCGUUCUGUACAUAAGAGAAUGGUAUACCUUUUUCAACCAAUUGCAACACCACCUCCUAGCAAUAAAAUCAAAGUGAAUUCUAUGAAUGAUGCUCUCAGUGUAUAUUACUGUCACUUGUGUGGAGCUGAAUAUAUUAUAAAAUUCAAUUUACAACAACAUUUGGAACGAGCUCAUACUCAAGAAGAGAGAGAAGCUGUCCCAGAAGAUUUAAUAAAGUGUACAGUGUGUGCUGCAUUAUUUUGUAGUAAAAGAGCGUAUGAAGUGCAUAACAGCUAUCAUCAACCAGAUGAUUUGUAUGUAACAUCAGAGGAACAAAGAUUACAAACAGUAACUAAAGUAGAUCAAGAUUUUGAUAUUAGACGUGUAGAAGGUGUAGCUGAUAAGUAUCUUCCAAAAAUUAGUACACCUAAACGACCUUCUAAAAAUUGCAGACAGGCUAAAAAGGCACAGAAAAUAGAAGUUAAAACAGAGAACUAUGCCUCUUCUGAAGAUGAACCAACUGUUAUGAAUGAAUCAAGUGAUUCUGAAAGUGAUCUUCCAUUAAAACAAAGAAUUUGCAGCUAA